AUGGCCGACAACCCUCAGAGCGGUAGCCCAAAGUCGGAUCCCAUCGACGCCAAGGAGGAUGCUGAGACCGCUGCUGCUCGCAAAGAGUUGAAGCAUACGGCCAUUUCAGAGAAGUCUGAGGGGGCCACCGGCGCGACGACGCCCCAACUGAGUGCAGGCGAUGAGCAAAAGGAGCAAGUCUCGUCACCCAAGAAGAAACAGAAGAGGGCCCACGACCAGCUAGACGACGAGGACAGAGACGCUGAGGAGGCGGACAGCAAGAGCGUAGCGUCAAGCGAUUCUGCCAAGGACAGGGCUUCGCGACUGGAACCCGAGAAGAAGAGGCACAGAGAUGGAGUGACUGUUGACGCCGCCGCCGACUCUUCUGUAACAUCGCCCGUCACCGCCGAAACGAAAACGCCGAACAGCAUUUCCACCACGACCGAGGCCACGUCCGCAGCAGCAGAAAAUUCUGCCAAGGAGGAGAAGCAGGGGACAUCGGCUGCCGCUUUUGCCAGUUCUGGCUUCGCCAAGCUGGCCGCAUCAAGUGCGUCCCCGUUUGGCUCUUUGGGAGACUCUACAAAAGGCAGCGUUUUUGGCGGAUCAACGUCCUCAGCAUCGCCAUUUGGCUCCCUGUCGCCGUCCAAGCCCGCUGCGGCUCCUAUUGCCGCACCGACAUUGAGUUUUGGAGGCGCUGGCGCCGCCUCAUCGCCGUUCGCCAGCGUUAAGACCGCCGGCGCAAACGGUUUUGGUUCGGCAUUCGGCAGUGGCUUCGGCAGCGCACUGUCGGGCAAACCCUUGACGAGCUUUGCCAAGGCAGGAGAGUCUUCCUUCAAAAGCGAGAAGCCUGCCAAACCCUUUGGCGCACCGGAAAGCGACGUGGAAGACGGAAGCGGCGAUGACGCUGACGGCGAUGAUGGAUCUGCUUCAGAGUCCGGUGACAAGGAGGAAAAGGAGGAGUCUGACAAGGAAGAAUCCAAGGCUGGUGAUGAUAAGAAGCGCACCAAGCUGCAGAAGAUCACUGUCGAUGAUGGCGAGGCCGGCGAGGCUACGAUAAUUCAGGUCAGAGCCAAGAUGUUCUAUCUGGAGAAGGAGGUUGGUUGGAAGGAGCGUGGCUCCGGUAUGCUGAAGAUCAACGUCCCUGAAGCUUGCGUUUCGUUUGAUGACUCAGGCCUUCCCAUUCCCGGUUCUUUUGAUGCAUCGGGCCUGGAGAACGACGAGGAUCCAGAGGCUGGCAACGGCACGGCCCAUAAGGUUGCCCGUCUGAUCAUGAGACAAGAUCAGACACACAGGAUACUUCUCAACACAGUCAUCUUGCCUGCUAUGAAGUUCCAGGAGAAGACGUCUCUCAAGUCCGUUGGAGUCAUGUUCACCGCAUUCGAGGGUGAAGAAGCGAAGCCCGUCAGCGUUCACAUGAGGAUGAGUGCAGCCAGCGCCAAAUCGUUCCUCAGUGAGAGGCCGCUUUGGGCUCCUCCAAAAGGCGUCAACUUUGCCUACGUUGACGAGAUCAUGUUGCAAACCGAGGUCAGAGGGGCGGAGCGCGACGUGACAUUCAAGGCGGGACGGGACUUUCGCUCUCAAGCACCUGCUCCCGAUGCUUCCGUUGGCGGAAUAUCUGGCCUUGAGAAGCUAGACCAACACCCCGAUGAGCGCGUCGAAGGGGGAAAAGAAGUGCUGUACUUCGAAUUUGUGGAUGGUGACCUGAAGCGACAAGUCAAGGACAAGAAGACGGGCGAAAUCACCAAGCCAAACAGGAAAUUGAGGGAAGAGACCCUGAAAAUACCCGUUUACAGCCAGAAGCAGAUGACGAAUCUCAUCGAGAGAAGGAAUCAGAAGUUCAUUGACGCAAUGAACGUAUUCAUCAACCAAUGUAUCUCGGACAAUCUCGACCCCGAGCAGGCUCUGUCCAAGGCAGCAGAGGCCUUUAUACCAGUGCCGACCGCCCCGGAGGAUCCGCCCGAAAAGAGUCUUGGAGCGUUGCCCGAAUCGAUACCUACGGAACGGAAGAGCAUUCCUGAAAUCGUGCAGGAGCUGAAAGACAGCCCGUGGUACACAGGACAGAUUGUACCUGAUGGUCACCGCGUGUUUGAGCCUCAGGAGGCCGUCUAUGGAGAUCUUAACUUUCUCCUCAGUCAGGAUUUGGUCAAUGCCUUGUACAAUGCUAAAGGGAUCACACAAUUCUUCGCCCACCAAGCGGAAGCGAUUAACGGUCUGUUGGAGGGCCAGCAUGUAGUUGUUGCCACUUCCACGAGCUCAGGAAAGUCUCUCAUCUACCAGCUUCCGGUUAUACACGCUCUAGAAAAGGACUACCACACACGAGCAAUGUACAUCUUCCCAACGAAAGCGUUAGCCCAGGAUCAAAAGAGGAGCCUGAGGGAGAUGCUGAGCUAUAUGCCAGGGAUGGAAGAUGUGCUCGUGGAAACUUUUGAUGGAGAUACGCCCAUGAAAGAACGAAAUGCGAUCCGAGACGAAGCAAGGAUCAUCUUCACCAACCCAGACAUGCUGCACAUAACGAUUUUGCCACAGGAAGAGAGAUGGAGAACGUUCUUGAAGAACCUGAAAUACGUCGUCGUCGAUGAGUUGCACUACUAUAACGGACAGAUGGGAUCUCAUGUGUCUUUCAUCAUGAGAAGGCUGCGACGAAUUUGUGCCGCGGUGGGAAACCGCCACGUCAAGUUCAUUUCAUGUUCGGCGACCGUCGCCAACCCCAAGCAGCACUUCAAAACAAUAUUCGGUAUUGAGAAUGUCGAAAGGAGUUUUUGUGCUGGAACACUCCAUACCGAGACCCAGGCGAUCCAGCUAGUGGACGAGGCGAUGCCAUGUUCGAAUCAAGAAUUAGAAUCUAUUGGGCGGCCGGAGUGUGUCAAUAGGGUCAUGGGCUACAGGGGAGGCUAUACGGCCCAGGAUAGACGCAGGAUCGAGUCGGAGAUGUUUGAGGGAAAGCUGCUUGGAAUCGUUGCCACUACAGCUCUGGAGCUCGGUAUCGAUAUUGGCACACUAGACUGCGUGUUGACAUGGGGCUUCCCGUACACAAUCGCCAACCUACGACAGCAGAGCGGACGAGCCGGACGAAGAAACAAAGACUCGCUCUCCGUCCUAGUGGGAGAUUGCUUCCCCACUGACCAGCAUUACAUGCAGAAUCCCGACGAACUCUUUACCAAGCCCAAUUGCGAGCUGCAGGUUGACCUUGAAAACAUGCUGGUACGAGAGGGCCACAUCCAAUGUGCUGCUUACGAGAUGCCUGUAAGGCCUGUGGAGGAUGCCGAAUACUUUGGUCAAGAUCUUCCCCAAAUCUGCGAAGAACGUUUGCUCAGGGACGCCAUGGGCUUUUAUCAUUGCCACGAUCGAUUCCGGCCCAUUCCGUCGAGGUUUGUUGCCAUCCGCGACACGGAAGACGAUCAUUUCGCAAUCAUCGACAUUACUCAUGGCAAGAACGAAGUCUUGGAGGAACUGGAGGCUUCAAGGGCCACGUUCACGAUCUACGACGGCGCCAUCUUCCUGCAUCAGGGAAGCAAGUACCUCGUCCGGGAUUUUCAGCCAGACAGGAUGAUGGCACGAGUGGAACGGGUCAAGGUUGAGUGGACCACGACGCAACGAGACUUCACCGACAUAGACCCCAUCGAGACAGAAGCGAUCCGGCGAAUAUCCGGAUCUUUGUCGAAGGCUUUUUACGGCACGAUCAAGAUCCAGCAGAAUGUAUACGGAUUCUUCAAAGUCGACAAGAAGAAACGUGUUCUGGACGCUGUUCAUGUGGACAACCCUCCCGUCAUUCGAUAUGGGAAGGGGAUGUGGUUGGACAUACCGAAAAAGGCGCUGCAGAUCCUGGCCGACAGACGACUACACAUUGCCGCGUCCAUUCACGCGGCAGAGCAUGCCAUUUUGAGUCUCAUGCCCAACUUUGUGAUUAGUCUGCCCGGCGACGUGCGAACCGAGUGCAAGGUGGCGCUCAAGGAGUUCGCCAAGAAGGAGUCGCAGAGGAAGCGGCCAGGUCGACUGACGUUUUACGACGCAAAGGGCGGUGCCAGCGGCUCGGGGAUUAGCACCAAGGCUUUCGAACACAUUGACCACCUUCUGCAGCAAGCACUUAAACGAGUCGAGGAAUGUUACUGCGAGAGUGGCUGCAUUGAGUGCGUGGCCUCGGAGCUCUGCAAGGAGAACGAUGUCAUGAGCAAGGCGGGCAGCCAGGUCAUUCUGAAAGCCAUCUUGAACAUGGAGAUUGAUGUAGAGGCUCUGCCAAUGGGCCCCGAGGAGCAGUGUCCGGCGGGGUUAGAGACAGUGAUUGUGGCCCAGCCUGUGCCACCCAAAGACCGGAAUAACCUGAGGCUUAUUGACAUCAAGGAGGAAGAGUUCGAGGACCAGGACACGGUGCUUUGGGAGGACGCAGAGGUGUGGACAGGCGACGAGUGA